CGCACGUUCAGGCUGGAAGAGACAUAAACAGCCAUGCAAUCAACAAGACAAAACUCAAAAAAGGCACAAGGGGUGUGAGAUUCCAAACGGCACCUCAUGGCACAUUCCACGGUGAUUUCCCAUCUGGAGGAUGGAAAGGUUGAGAUUACCACGGAGCGGCUUCUGCUCCGCGCGGCUAGGGAGGACGACGUGAUGGGCGUGUAUGAAGCAUUCUCAGACCCGGAAGUAAUGCGAUAUUGCACCCUGCCCCACGAGGAUCCAUCGCAAACCCAGUCCCGGCUCCAAGAGAUGAUCGACUCCCCAACGAACGGCACAACCAACUUUAUCAUCGCCCUCCGCCCCGACCGCAAUCACCCCAUCGGCAUCGUCGGCAUCAACGCCCCGGAAUCCCACGAAAUCGGCUUCAUCCUCUCCCGCCAGCACUGGGGGACGGGCAUCGCGCAGGAAGCAGUCAGCUGUGUGCUGGGUUAUCUGUUCGGGGCCAGGGGGAUGGACGAGGUGAUUGCGGAGGUGGAGCCCAGGAACCGGCGGUGCGUGAGGUUCUUGGAGAGGCAGGGGUUUACGGAGAGCGGAUUCACGGAGAGGAUGUGGGAGGUCGGCGGCAUUUGGUGGGAUUCUCUGCAGCUGAGGUUGAAGAGGGAGUCGUGGGAGCAGAGAACGGAACCUGAGUCUCUGAACACCGAGACUGGUCAAACUCGGUAGUAAGGUGCACCUCAUCCGCUCGGAUCCCCUCUCCCUUUUUUGUCUACAACUACAAGAGUCAUUUGCAGGGUAGCGUCGUGGGAUAAUGAUAUACCUUCAGUGACCGCCCAGGGCACUCCCAUCG